AUGGGGAGAUGGAUUAAUGAGACAACUGGAACUGAUUUGGUUCUAUUAGGGCUAUUUCACCACAUUCAAACUCCCAAUCUCCUGUUCUCUCUCAUCUUCUUGGUGUUUCUUAUCACACUUGUUGGGAAUAUUAUGAUGCUAGUUCUCAUUUGGUUGGACUCUCGACUUCAUACACCUAUGUACUUCUUUCUUAGCCAACUUUCCAUCAUGGAUCUCUUGUAUAGCUCUGCAAUUGUCCCCAAGAUAGCCAGUGAUUUCCUGUCUGGGAAGAAUACUAUUUCCUUUAUUAACUGUGGAAUUCAGCUCUUCUUCGUCAUGACCCUUUGUGCAGCAGAGUGCUUUCUCCUGGCAGUCAUGGCUUAUGACCGCUAUGUUGCCAUAUGCCACCCUCUCCGCUACUCAGUUCUCAUGUGCCCUGCAGUCUGUGCCUUCUUGGUGGCAGGCACCUGGCUGGGCUCUCUGCUCAAUGCCCUGGUCCACGUCAUAUACGUUCUGAAUCUCCCUUACUGUGCAUCCCGAGAAAUCCAUCAUUUCUUUUGUGAGAUCCCAGCUCUCCUGAAACUUGUUUGUGCUGAUACAUCCCUUUAUGAAAAUGGGCUUUUUGUGAGUGGUGGUGUGUUUCUCCUCAUUCCAAUAUCUGCCAUCAUGGCCUCAUAUGGGCAGAUACUUUCUUUGGUUUUGAGAUUAGGAUCAAAUUUAGGAAUGAGAAAGGCUUUGGCAACCUGUUCCUCCCAUAUGAUUGUCGUGUUUCUCUUCUAUGGAACAGCCAUCAUCAAGUACUUUCUCCCCAAAGCGUAUCAUACCGCUGAGCAGGAUGAAGUAGUUUCUGUCUUCUACACUAUUGUCACUCCCAUGCUCAACCCCCUCAUCUACAGUCUUUGCAACAAAACGGUGGCUGGAGCCCUCAGGAAAGUGCUGGGAAGAUAA